UCCACUUUGCUUGCCCCUUCCCCGGCCUGGACACCCUCACGGCGGAGAACCCAACCAACUCCCGCCGCCGACGCCGACAUGCCGCCGUCCCUCCUACUCCCUACAUCCUCUAGUCUAAGGCUGCGCCUUCCGCAGCCGCGCCGGUCCACGCCCCUGCUCGUUUCAUUCCCCGCGCGCCGCCUCCAUGUGGAUCUCCGCCUCCGCCUCCGCCUCGCCGCCGCCGGACCCAACGGCGUCAACGGUGCGGCCUCUCCCGGGGACGGCGGGGGCGCCAACAACCUGCCCCAAAACCGGAGGGAUAUUCUCCUGGAGUACGUAAAAGGUGUCCAGCCAGAGUUUAUGGAGCUUUUCGUGAAAAGAGCCCCAACACAGGUUGUUGAUGCCAUGCGCCACACAGUGACAAAUAUGAUUGGGACUCUGCCGCCUCAAUUUUUUGCUGUAACUGUCACAACGGUUGCUGAAAAUCUGGCACAGCUUAUGUACAGCGUUUUGAUGACUGGAUACAUGUUCAGGAAUGCACAGUAUCGUCUGGAACUGCAACAGAGCCUGGAGCAGAUUGCUCUUCCUGAACCCAAAGAAGAAAAGGGUUCAGAAGAUUACGCACCUGGAACCCAGAAAAAGGUGAGCGGGGAAGUGAUCCGGUGGAACAAGGUCACAGGACCAGAAAAGAUUGAUGCUGUAAAAUAUAUAGAGUUGCUUGAAGCAGAAAUUGAUGAACUGAGCCGUCAAGUUGCUAGGAAAUCAUCUCAAGGAAGCAAUGAGCUCCUGGAAUACCUGAAAACUCUAGAACCUCAAAAUCUGAAGGAACUUGCAAGUAGUGCGGGUGAGGACGUCGUGUUUGCUAUGAAUGCAUUCAUAAAGCGUCUGUUGGCCGUCUCGGACCCUGCACAAAUGAAGACGGCGGUGUCGGAGACGAGCGGUGCUCAGCUGGCGAACCUGCUGUUCUGGCUGAUGAUGGUCGGGUACAGCAUGCGCAACAUCGAGGUGCGUUUUGACAUGGAGAGAGUGCUGGGAGCCGCCCCCAAGAUGGGUGGGGAGCUGCCGCCUGGCCCUGGAGACAACACGCAGACACAACUAUAGCUGCUAGAUUGGUUCAGUUGCAGAUUUGUUAGUUUGGUCUGCUGAGAUGUUUUUGUAGGGAUAUAUGUUGUUCUGGCUUGGCUGGUAUUCAGAUAGCAAAAGAAUUUCUUACAAACCUUCAGGCUUGGCGGGGUUGAAUACAUACACACUUGAAAACCAACAGGGGGAUUUGUCAAGAUGUCCUUCCAAACAGGUAAAAUAUGAAUUAAGCAUAUUUUUUAGGGUAUCUUAUUCCAUUUGGUUUU